AUGAUUGCUCAGAAUGCCACCUGGAUUGCUCCACUGCACACGCCAACUGCUCCGACCACUGGCUACCGAAUAAGCUCAAUCUCAACGCGACCACCAAACCUACAUAUAAUCUCACUGUCCAAGCCAGUGACUGGUACAAAUGUCAACUUCACUACAGUGAUUAUACACGUUGUAGAUGAUCUGUGUGUUCCGUCGCCAUGCGAUAAUAACGGAAAUUGCAGUAGAAACCACACAAACUACAAGUGUACGUGUGCAGCGGGUUGGUUAGGAGACAAGUGUAAGGAAGCGGAUCCGUGUUUUCCUGCUCCGUGCUUCAACGGUUCUUGUCAUAGAAACGGAACAAGUUUCAUAUGUUCGUGCAGCGUUGGUUGGUCUGGCGAAACGUGUAACAAAGAACAUGUCACGGACCCUUGCAUUUCAACCCCAUGUUCGAACGGCACAACGUGCAAAAGAACCGGAACAAAUUACACGUGCGAUGGUCCAAGUGGUGGGCAAAACAACGAUAGUGAACUUGCCAAUCCAUGCAUACCAUCGCCAUGUUUGAACGGCACAACGUGCGAAAUAACCGACACAAAUCACACAUGCAUUAGUCCUAGUGGUCUUCCGAAUAACUAUAGUGAACAAGCGGACCCAUGCCUCUCUAACCCGUGUCAAAACGGCGGGGUGUGUGCAGUGAAUGGGACGGCGUUCGCAUGCAGGUGCACAUCAGGUGUUACUGGAUCUUAUUGUAAUGAAACCGUUCCAACUACUAGUAAAUCACAUGUUGACCCGUGCAGCUCUAAACCAUGUACAAACGGUGGGACGUGUAUUGUUAUUGGAACGUUGUUCAGCUGCCUAUGUGUGUCUGGUAUGACUGGAAAUUUGUGUUCUACAAUCGACGCACCGGCCGCUUCACAAAACGCAACACAAGAUCAAGAAAGCAAGAGUUCCAGAAAUUUACUUGCAGUUUACAUCGUCGUUCCAAUGCUGGUCGUCAUUGGCAUUGUGGUCGCAGUGAUUGUUAUUCAUAAACAGAAAAAGAGACAAAAGGUAGCCAAUGGCAAUGUGCAAGAGGGUCCACGUAACCAACGUUUUGAGAAUAGCUAUGUUCCAAACAAGGAGCUUCUAAGACGCAAUGUUCCACAUCUUCCUCCUAUCAAUAUAUCAAAUACAAAAUGUCUUUCGAGUCAAUAAUCAACCUUUAAUUAUUUAAGUCAUAAAGUGGCGCUACUGUUUUCAAUUUUAUUUAGUAUGUGUGUUUUAUGUCGUUCUGCAUCCUUGAUAAACAUAACACUUACCUGACUACGCGGAGAUUGCCAUUGUUAAAAAGCAUGUGCAAAUGUUAACCUGGAUAUGUUGACUGAUGGCGAUUUAUCAAUUUCCAAUAUGUUCAAGCGUACCCAAAAUAAAAGAAUGAGGUAUACAUAGGUCACGCCGGGUAUGCGGAUACUUCGAUAACAGAUGGUACUUCGAUACCAGAUAACAACAAAAGCCACGCGCGAGAGUUGAGUUCUUCAGCAUUUUUGCAUUUAUGUUCUGUUCAUUUGGUUUUCAGACACGUAACAUUGUUCGUAUUGCGGAGCAUGAAGGUCGUGAAACAAAAACAGUGGAUUAUAAAAAAAGAGAUAACAUUUCAUCGAUAAUCGUCAUGAAUUGAAUGAUGAGUACAUAUUUCAACAUAAUAAAAAAUACUUGAAAAUAAAUCAAGGAACGUGCCAACUAAUCGAAAUAAAAGAUCAAUAUAUCCAUUAAUGUUACAACAUGUUAAAUUUUAGUUGAAUAAUGUAUUUGAGAAAAUUCAAAUGUUUUAAGAGUCGGAUGCCAAAUUUUUAUUGACACUUCUUUUACCGAUCAUCUCAAAGACAAUGACACUUCGAUUCCAGAUAACACGACACUUUUUACCAGAUAUAUCACACUCAAUUUAGUGAAUCAGAAAUGCAGAAUUCGCUGUGGAAUACUGCUAUAGUAAGCAGGCAAUAAAUAAAAAAAUGUACUGACUGACGUAAAUUAAAAACGAAUUACCGAAACAUGUUCUUAUCCCUUUAGAAUAUUAUAAUAAAAAUUAAAGGGAAGUGUAAAGCUCAAUAUAAAGGAAGUUUUCCAAUCUCUUUUAAAUUUUGUAGCUAAGAAUUAGUAUCGUCUUCGUGAUGCGAUUCUUAUGAGCACCAAUGAUAAAGGAUUAUAUGAGGUGUAUUGGCCGCUUUAAGACACCUUGCUCCCCUUAUCUAGAGUCCUGCUAUAAGUUCAAUUUAACACAGUCGUGUUGAUCCACAUGAUCCGUUGUAUUUUCGAUUCUCUUUAUCUCAAUUUACCGCUUAAAAACAAGUUUUUUGUUUAGACAAUUAUUUUCGUUCGUCACUUUAAAUAUAUUAAUUCAGAAAUAAGCAUAUGAAUCUUAUUUAAACAUUUGCAAUUAUAUACAUUAAUAGUAAUACGAUUUUUGAAAACGAACAACUCCUUUGUUAUAUUUUACAUAUGUAUGUAAUUACGUUAUGCAUAGAUUAAAAAUGUGUUUGGCUUGACAAUGCAAAUUGAUUUGUACUUCAAAAUGUUUGGUAACAAUAGUCAUAAUAUGCAUAAAUGCAUUUCAGGUAGAAGAUAAAACUCGGUAAUCAGAGUGCCCAAUUUGUUGAAAGCCUCUGUUAUCUGAAGUGUCCUAUAUCGGGAAUCAAAGUAUCCGCAACUUCAUGAAUGCCACCUAUUAAAACAUGCUCUAUCUUCGUUUAUAUUUCAUUGAAUACUAUCAAAAUUUCAGUAUUUGAAGCACAAUGAUUACUCUAGAUGCUGGAAUAUCAAACAAUUUCUUGCAAUAUUUCUAAGUAGUUUUAUUGUGUUGUAAUUUUUACUGUUUAUCCAGUUUAUGCUGGUUCUGACCGAAUUUUAUAUUUUUUGAGACAAAUCUAACAUUCUUCCGUUAUGUUUUUCUUUGCAAUAGAAAAGGAUACACCAUUAAUAAACUCGACCAUGCGCCUUGUCUAAAAAGCUAAUCGUUAUGAUAUAUCUUUAAAAAAAACCCUGAUGAACUUAUCUCUCGCGAGUGGCUUUUGUUGUUAUCUGGUGUCGAAGUGCCAUCUGUUAUCAAAGUAUCCGCAUACCCAGCGUGAAGGUGCGCAAUACAAUAUUGUUUUCCCUUUGUUUUACAUUGCUUUCACUGUAUUUUACAUAAUCACUUAUGAAAUGAUGUAUUGCUUGAAGUUUUUUUUUAAAUAUACCACAAUUGAUACCGUUUCUUGAAUGCAAUUGUGAUUAUUAAUACUGUCAUGACACUGCCAUUAUUUUAUUGUUUAAACUACACACAAUAAUUUGCUAACAUUGUGUAAGGUUUAAUUAUACAGUGCACAUAUGCACAAUUUGGGUUCCCUAUCCAAUUCAUGUACUUUUAUUAAUCAAUAUAUUUCUCUACUCUUUCCAGAUGUAUUUUAUGAACAGAUCUAUCUUCAUCGUAAGUAAUACUGUACUUAGAGUAUUUAACUGUCUCUAAGCAAUUAUUUUUGCUAAAAUUGACUUAUUAAUGAGUGUUUGACUUGGUCUAUAUGACAUCGGUUGAUGUCUCGCAGGUGAACCCCGGGAUUCACUUUUCAGAGAGUCCAGGGAAAAGCGAAACGUCUCUGUGAUCAGCUGAUCCCUUGGAAAAUUAUAUGCAGUUCGGUCACGUAGGCAAGUUUAUAAAAUAAGCGAACCUCUUCGAUCCGGUCCGUUUCGACCCGUAUGUCAUCUUGUGACUUGUCUUGCAAUAAGUUCAAGUGAAUUAACCCGGCUAUAGGUCAAGGUUAAUACAAGUGUGUUACUAUUUUAUUUUAUCAAUUAAUGGUGUCAUUACUCAUAAUUAACUUAGUCUUUGUAUUACUAACUACUUGAACGAUCUGUUCCAAACAAGAUAGUAUAGUCGCAUGUAGUAUUUCUGCUUAAGUCAUUUAACAUAACAAUAUUGUGGAACAAAGAAUAAACCCAUGAUUUAACAUUUUAGAAAGUAAUCAUGUAUGAGUAUGUUGACAUCAUUUAUUGUUUAGGCUACGUCUUAGCUGUAUGCCUGUAUGUCUUAUUGUUUUAACAAAAACAUCAACGUAGAAAGAAUUUACUUUCUGAUUUUGUAUUUAUUUUUUUAUGUGUUUUCUAUAAAAAAAAGAAACAUGCUGUUGUUUAAGUCUUAUCACUUAGUAUCUCAACACUAUCUUUAAACGAGAUUUAAGAGGUUUUACUCAGUAAUAACGCGUUAUGAAAUUGUUCCAAUAUAUGGCCACUUGCCCUCAGUACAAGCAGUCACCACUUUCGUUUAAGACGCUUUGUAAACAAUAAAACAUUUAAAAUAUCAA